UUUGCAAUCAUCCACAAGAAACUACUUUCCAUCAACAACAUCAUGGAAUCAAAUCAUGGACAAGACGAGACACCAAAGAGUUCUAGCGAAGAAAGCAAUAACAAUAAGCUCGAUAACGAUGAUAAUCAAGUGGUCAACAAGGAUGAUGUUGCAGCCGGUACUACUCGAUCUUACUAUGAGUGUGUAUUUUGUAAGAGAGGUUUCACUACUGCACAGGCCUUAGGUGGACAUAUGAAUAUCCAUAGAAGAGAUAGAGCUACUAGGGUACGAGAACAACCUGUGGUGCCCGUCAAUGUUCUUUGUUCUCCUCCUCCCAUGUCAUCAGGCCUGCAGCAUAUUGGAUAUGCUGGACCGGGGUUUCCCUCGCCGGCUACUAAUCAGUACUCACCAUGCCAAAUGUAUUUUCCUCCUUCAAGGUCGACUACUAACAUAACUGAAAAUGUUCCUAUAGAUUGGUGUACAAAUUUGAGCUUAAAUAUCGGCACUUCAUCACAUACAGAAGAAACCGAAACAAUGAUAGAUGGAAAAGAUGAUGAGUUGGAUUUAGAGCUUCGACUAGGUCAUAAUCGUAAUCCAUAGGAACUAGUGUAUAAAAUAAUUAAUUACUUACGUUAUAUAUGGACAAGAGGUGAUGAGUUUUUUUCUUUUUGAUCAUCAGACGUGAUGAGUUGAUGAUAGUAAGCAUAUGGUGCUCUACAUAGACAUGCAGAUUUUCAAGAGGAGCUAAGAGUGUGGGUGCCUAAAUUGCGGGUGCCAGAACGAGCAAAGAAUGAAGCAACGGCCAGAUCAUUUGAACAAGAGUGUGGGUGCCUAAAUUGCUCUUACAAUAUUAUCCAAAGAUAGUAGAUGAUUGAUUGUGUUGUCAUUGGACCAGUGAAUAUUUAGAUUAAGAAAAUUAAUGAGGGUAACAAAGAACGGCGUCUAGUAUGGGGAUCGACCUCUUACGAAUUUGCUAAUUAUAAACAUAUUUUAUAAGU